GACCCGGAAGCACUUCCUUCUGUUUCUCUUUAGUGGCCAUGGCGGCUGCGGCGGCUGCCCGAGCGGUGCUGCUGCCGGCUGCGAGGCGGCGCCUGUGGGGCUUCGCGGAGAGGCUCGUGGUUCCGCGCGCGGACAAGCGGCCGCUGUGUUUGGGAGGGAGCCGGCUGAGGAGCACCCAGGCAGCCACACAAGUCGUGCUGAAUGUUCCUGAGACCCGGGUGACGUGUUUGGAAAAUGGCCUCAGAGUGGCCUCUGAGGACUCUGGACUCUCGACGUGCACGGUUGGGCUCUGGAUCGAUGCUGGGAGUCGCUAUGAAGAUGAGAAGAACAAUGGAACGGCUCACUUUCUGGAGCACAUGGCUUUCAAGGGCACCAAAAAGAGAUCCCAGUUGGACCUGGAACUUGAGAUUGAGAACAUGGGCGCGCACCUCAACGCCUACACCUCCAGGGAGCAGACCGUGUACUACGCCAAGGCGUUCGCCAAAGACUUGCCCCGAGCUGUGGAAAUUCUUGCUGACAUCAUACAGAACAGCACCCUGGGAGAGGCAGAGAUUGAACGUGAGCGCGGAGUGAUCCUCCGAGAGAUGCAGGAAGUCGAAACCAAUUUACAGGAGGUUGUUUUUGAUUAUCUUCAUGCCACAGCUUAUCAGAAUACAGCACUCGGACGGACAAUUUUGGGACCAACUGAAAAUAUUAAGUCCAUAAACCGUAAGGACUUAGUGGAUUACAUAACCACACAUUACAAGGGGCCGAGGAUCGUGCUGGCUGCUGCCGGAGGUGUUUCCCACGAUGAGCUGCUGGACUUAGCGAAGUUUCAUUUUGGUGACUCUCUGUGUGCACACCAAGGAGAGAUGCCGGCUCUGCCUCCCUGUCAGUUCACGGGAAGCGAGAUCCGUGUGCGGGACGACAAGAUGCCCCUGGCGCACCUCGCCAUAGCCGUGGAAGCGGUCGGGUGGGCGCACCCCGAUACCAUCUGCCUCAUGGUUGCAAACACACUCAUUGGCAACUGGGAUCGCUCUUUCGGGGGAGGGAUGAACUUAUCUAGCAAGCUGGCCCAGCUCACUUGUCACGGCAAUCUCUGCCACAGCUUCCAGUCUUUCAACACCUCCUACACGGACACAGGGCUGUGGGGACUCUACAUGGUUUGUGAGCCGGCCACCAUUGCAGACAUGGUACACGCUGUGCAAAAAGAAUGGAUGCGACUCUGCACCAGUGUAACUGACAGUGAAGUUGCACGAGCCAGAAAUCUCCUGAAAACAAACAUGCUAUUGCAGCUUGAUGGUUCUACGCCAAUCUGUGAGGAUAUUGGCAGGCAGAUGUUAUGCUACAAUAGGAGAAUUCCCAUCCCUGAGCUUGAAGCAAGGAUUGAUGCUGUGAACGCUGAGACUCUUCGAGAAGUCUGCACCAAGUAUAUCUACGACAAGAGCCCCGCCGUUGCUGCUGUUGGUCCUAUUGAGCAGCUACCAGACUUUAACCAGAUUCGCAGUAACAUGUGCUGGAUUCGUGGUUAAAAUGCUUGUAAUCAAAAGUAUUUGAGCGCGAGUCUAUAAAACUGCCUAUUAUGAACUGUCAGUCCCUGAAGAAAAAAGUAAGCGUGAAUGUGUUUGGAAAGCUUUGACUGAGAUUCAGGGUAAGAUUACCACCUUGAUGAUUGCUUUGUGUAACAUCAGUCUUAGUGCUCUGAGAAAUAGCAUUAGAAGCAGCACACAUUCAAAUUAUUACCAUAAAUAUAAUUUUAGAAAUAAAAAAUUUAUACAGUG